AUGGGGUCUCUUUUGAGCUCCAUGGGGUCUCUUUUGAGCUCCAUGGGGUCUCUUUUGAGCUCCAUGGGGUCUCUUUUGAGCUCCAUGGGGUCUCUUUUGAGCUCCAUGGGGUCUCUUUUGAGCUCCAUGGGGUCUCUUUUGAGCUCCAUGGGGUCUCUUUUGAGCUCCAUGGGGUCUCUUUUGAGCUCCAUGGGGUCUCUUUUGAGCUCCAUGGGGUCUCUUUUGAGCUCCAUGGGGUCUCUUUUGAGCUCCAUGGGGUCUCUUUUGAGCUCCAUGGGGUCUCUUUUGAGCUCCAUGGGGUCUCUUUUGAGCUCCAUGGGGUCUCUUUUGAGCUCCAUGGGGUCUCUUUUGAGCUCCAUGGGGUCUCUUUUGAGCUCCAUGGGGUCUCUUUUGAGCUCCAUGGGGUCUCUUUUGAGCUCCAUGGGGUCUCUUUUGAGCUCCAUGGGGUCUCUUUUGAGCUCCAUGGGGUCUCUUUUGAGCUCCAUGGGGUCUCUUUUGAGCUCCAUGGGGUCUCUUUUGAGCUCCAUGGGGUCUCUUUUGAGCUCCAUGGGGUCUCUUUUGAGCUCCAUGGGGUCUCUUUUGAGCUCCAUGGGGUCUCUUUUGAGCUCCAUGGGGUCUCUUUUGAGCUCCAUGGGGUCUCUUUUGAGCUCCAUGGGGUCUCUUUUGAGCUCCAUGGGGUCUCUUUUGAGCUCCAUGGGGUCUCUUUUGAGCUCCAUGGGGUCUCUUUUGAGCUCCAUGGGGUCUCUUUUGAGCUCCAUGGGGUCUCUUUUGAGCUCCAUGGGGUCUCUUUUGAGCUCCAUGGGGUCUCUUUUGAGCUCCAUGGGGUCUCUUUUGAGCUCCAUGGGGUCUCUUUUGAGCUCCAUGGGGUCUCUUUUGAGCUCCAUGGGGUCUCUUUUGAGCUCCAUGGGGUCUCUUUUGAGCUCCAUGGGGUCUCUUUUGAGCUCCAUGGGGUCUCUUUUGAGCUCCAUGGGGUCUCUUUUGAGCUCCAUGGGGUCUCUUUUGAGCUCCAUGGGGUCUCUUUUGAGCUCCAUGGGGUCUCUUUUGAGCUCCAUGGGGUCUCUUUUGAGCUCCAUGGGGUCUCUUUUGAGCUCCAUGGGGUCUCUUUUGAGCUCCAUGGGGUCUCUUUUGAGCUCCAUGGGGUCUCUUUUGAGCUCCAUGGGGUCUCUUUUGAGCUCCAUGGGGUCUCUUUUGAGCUCCAUGGGGUCUCUUUUGAGCUCCAUGGGGUCUCUUUUGAGCUCCAUGGGGUCUCUUUUGAGCUCCAUGGGGUCUCUUUUGAGCUCCAUGGGGUCUCUUUUGAGCUCCAUGGGGUCUCUUUUGAGCUCCAUGGGGUCUCUUUUGAGCUCCAUGGGGUCUCUUUUGAGCUCCAUGGGGUCUCUUUUGAGCUCCAUGGGGUCUCUUUUGAGCUCCAUGGGGUCUCUUUUGAGCUCCAUGGGGUCUCUUUUGAGCUCCAUGGGGUCUCUUUUGAGCUCCAUGGGGUCUCUUUUGAGCUCCAUGGGGUCUCUUUUGAGCUCCAUGGGGUCUCUUUUGAGCUCCAUGGGGUCUCUUUUGAGCUCCAUGGGGUCUCUUUUGAGCUCCAUGGGGUCUCUUUUGAGCUCCAUGGGGUCUCUUUUGAGCUCCAUGGGGUCUCUUUUGAGCUCCAUGGGGUCUCUUUUGAGCUCCAUGGGGUCUCUUUUGAGCUCCAUGGGGUCUCUUUUGAGCUCCAUGGGGUCUCUUUUGAGCUCCAUGGGGUCUCUUUUGAGCUCCAUGGGGUCUCUUUUGAGCUCCAUGGGGUCUCUUUUGAGCUCCAUGGGGUCUCUUUUGAGCUCCAUGGGGUCUCUUUUGAGCUCCAUGGGGUCUCUUUUGAGCUCCAUGGGGUCUCUUUUGAGCUCCAUGGGGUCUCUUUUGAGCUCCAUGGGGUCUCUUUUGAGCUCCAUGGGGUCUCUUUUGAGCUCCAUGGGGUCUCUUUUGAGCUCCAUGGGGUCUCUUUUGAGCUCCAUGGGGUCUCUUUUGAGCUCCAUGGGGUCUCUUUUGAGCUCCAUGGGGUCUCUUUUGAGCUCCAUGGGGUCUCUUUUGAGCUCCAUGGGGUCUCUUUUGAGCUCCAUGGGGUCUCUUUUGAGCUCCAUGGGGUCUCUUUUGAGCUCCAUGGGGUCUCUUUUGAGCUCCAUGGGGUCUCUUUUGAGCUCCAUGGGGUCUCUUUUGAGCUCCAUGGGGUCUCUUUUGAGCUCCAUGGGGUCUCUUUUGAGCUCCAUGGGGUCUCUUUUGAGCUCCAUGGGGUCUCUUUUGAGCUCCAUGGGGUCUCUUUUGAGCUCCAUGGGGUCUCUUUUGAGCUCCAUGGGGUCUCUUUUGAGCUCCAUGGGGUCUCUUUUGAGCUCCAUGGGGUCUCUUUUGAGCUCCAUGGGGUCUCUUUUGAGCUCCAUGGGGUCUCUUUUGAGCUCCAUGGGGUCUCUUUUGAGCUCCAUGGGGUCUCUUUUGAGCUCCAUGGGGUCUCUUUUGAGCUCCAUGGGGUCUCUUUUGAGCUCCAUGGGGUCUCUUUUGAGCUCCAUGGGGUCUCUUUUGAGCUCCAUGGGGUCUCUUUUGAGCUCCAUGGGGUCUCUUUUGAGCUCCAUGGGGUCUCUUUUGAGCUCCAUGGGGUCUCUUUUGAGCUCCAUGGGGUCUCUUUUGAGCUCCAUGGGGUCUCUUUUGAGCUCCAUGGGGUCUCUUUUGAGCUCCAUGGGGUCUCUUUUGAGCUCCAUGGGGUCUCUUUUGAGCUCCAUGGGGUCUCUUUUGAGCUCCAUGGGGUCUCUUUUGAGCUCCAUGGGGUCUCUUUUGAGCUCCAUGGGGUCUCUUUUGAGCUCCAUGGGGUCUCUUUUGAGCUCCAUGGGGUCUCUUUUGAGCUCCAUGGGGUCUCUUUUGAGCUCCAUGGGGUCUCUUUUGAGCUCCAUGGGGUCUCUUUUGAGCUCCAUGGGGUCUCUUUUGAGCUCCAUGGGGUCUCUUUUGAGCUCCAUGGGGUCUCUUUUGAGCUCCAUGGGGUCUCUUUUGAGCUCCAUGGGGUCUCUUUUGAGCUCCAUGGGGUCUCUUUUGAGCUCCAUGGGGUCUCUUUUGAGCUCCAUGGGGUCUCUUUUGAGCUCCAUGGGGUCUCUUUUGAGCUCCAUGGGGUCUCUUUUGAGCUCCAUGGGGUCUCUUUUGAGCUCCAUGGGGUCUCUUUUGAGCUCCAUGGGGUCUCUUUUGAGCUCCAUGGGGUCUCUUUUGAGCUCCAUGGGGUCUCUUUUGAGCUCCAUGGGGUCUCUUUUGAGCUCCAUGGGGUCUCUUUUGAGCUCCAUGGGGUCUCUUUUGAGCUCCAUGGGGUCUCUUUUGAGCUCCAUGGGGUCUCUUUUGAGCUCCAUGGGGUCUCUUUUGAGCUCCAUGGGGUCUCUUUUGAGCUCCAUGGGGUCUCUUUUGAGCUCCAUGGGGUCUCUUUUGAGCUCCAUGGGGUCUCUUUUGAGCUCCAUGGGGUCUCUUUUGAGCUCCAUGGGGUCUCUUUUGAGCUCCAUGGGGUCUCUUUUGAGCUCCAUGGGGUCUCUUUUGAGCUCCAUGGGGUCUCUUUUGAGCUCCAUGGGGUCUCUUUUGAGCUCCAUGGGGUCUCUUUUGAGCUCCAUGGGGUCUCUUUUGAGCUCCAUGGGGUCUCUUUUGAGCUCCAUGGGGUCUCUUUUGAGCUCCAUGGGGUCUCUUUUGAGCUCCAUGGGGUCUCUUUUGAGCUCCAUGGGGUCUCUUUUGAGCUCCAUGGGGUCUCUUUUGAGCUCCAUGGGGUCUCUUUUGAGCUCCAUGGGGUCUCUUUUGAGCUCCAUGGGGUCUCUUUUGAGCUCCAUGGGGUCUCUUUUGAGCUCCAUGGGGUCUCUUUUGAGCUCCAUGGGGUCUCUUUUGAGCUCCAUGGGGUCUCUUUUGAGCUCCAUGGGGUCUCUUUUGAGCUCCAUGGGGUCUCUUUUGAGCUCCAUGGGGUCUCUUUUGAGCUCCAUGGGGUCUCUUUUGAGCUCCAUGGGGUCUCUUUUGAGCUCCAUGGGGUCUCUUUUGAGCUCCAUGGGGUCUCUUUUGAGCUCCAUGGGGUCUCUUUUGAGCUCCAUGGGGUCUCUUUUGAGCUCCAUGGGGUCUCUUUUGAGCUCCAUGGGGUCUCUUUUGAGCUCCAUGGGGUCUCUUUUGAGCUCCAUGGGGUCUCUUUUGAGCUCCAUGGGGUCUCUUUUGAGCUCCAUGGGGUCUCUUUUGAGCUCCAUGGGGUCUCUUUUGAGCUCCAUGGGGUCUCUUUUGAGCUCCAUGGGGUCUCUUUUGAGCUCCAUGGGGUCUCUUUUGAGCUCCAUGGGGUCUCUUUUGAGCUCCAUGGGGUCUCUUUUGAGCUCCAUGGGGUCUCUUUUGAGCUCCAUGGGGUCUCUUUUGAGCUCCAUGGGGUCUCUUUUGAGCUCCAUGGGGUCUCUUUUGAGCUCCAUGGGGUCUCUUUUGAGCUCCAUGGGGUCUCUUUUGAGCUCCAUGGGGUCUCUUUUGAGCUCCAUGGGGUCUCUUUUGAGCUCCAUGGGGUCUCUUUUGAGCUCCAUGGGGUCUCUUUUGAGCUCCAUGGGGUCUCUUUUGAGCUCCAUGGGGUCUCUUUUGAGCUCCAUGGGGUCUCUUUUGAGCUCCAUGGGGUCUCUUUUGAGCUCCAUGGGGUCUCUUUUGAGCUCCAUGGGGUCUCUUUUGAGCUCCAUGGGGUCUCUUUUGAGCUCCAUGGGGUCUCUUUUGAGCUCCAUGGGGUCUCUUUUGAGCUCCAUGGGGUCUCUUUUGAGCUCCAUGGGGUCUCUUUUGAGCUCCAUGGGGUCUCUUUUGAGCUCCAUGGGGUCUCUUUUGAGCUCCAUGGGGUCUCUUUUGAGCUCCAUGGGGUCUCUUUUGAGCUCCAUGGGGUCUCUUUUGAGCUCCAUGGGGUCUCUUUUGAGCUCCAUGGGGUCUCUUUUGAGCUCCAUGGGGUCUCUUUUGAGCUCCAUGGGGUCUCUUUUGAGCUCCAUGGGGUCUCUUUUGAGCUCCAUGGGGUCUCUUUUGAGCUCCAUGGGGUCUCUUUUGAGCUCCAUGGGGUCUCUUUUGAGCUCCAUGGGGUCUCUUUUGAGCUCCAUGGGGUCUCUUUUGAGCUCCAUGGGGUCUCUUUUGAGCUCCAUGGGGUCUCUUUUGAGCUCCAUGGGGUCUCUUUUGAGCUCCAUGGGCUCCAUGGGGUCUCUUUUGAGCUCCAUGGGGUCUCUUUUGAGCUCCAUGGGGUCUCUUUUGAGCUCCAUGGGGUCUCUUUUGAGCUCCAUGGGGUCUCUUUUGAGCUCCGUGGGGUCUCUUUUGAGCUCCGUGGGGUCUCUUUUGAGCUCCGUGGGGUCUCUUUUGAGCUCCAUGGGGUCUCUUUUGAGCUCCGUGGGGUCUCUUUUGAGCUCCGUGGGGUCUCUUUUGAGCUCCAUGGGGUCUCUUUUGAGCUCCAUGGGGUCUCUUUUGAGCUCCAUGGGGUCUCUUUUGAGCUCCAUGGGGUCUCUUUUGAGCUCCAUGGGGUCUCUUUUGAGCUCCAUGGGGUCUCUUUUGAGCUCCAUGGGGUCUCUUUUGAGCUCCAUGGGGUCUCUUUUGAGCUCCAUGGGGUCUCUUUUGAGCUCCAUGGGGUCUCUUUUGAGCUCCAUGGGGUCUCUUUUGAGCUCCAUGGGGUCUCUUUUGAGCUCCAUGGGGUCUCUUUUGAGCUCCAUGGGGUCUCUUUUGAGCUCCAUGGGGUCUCUUUUGAGCUCCAUGGGGUCUCUUUUGAGCUCCAUGGGGUCUCUUUUGAGCUCCAUGGGGUCUCUUUUGAGCUCCAUGGGGUCUCUUUUGAGCUCCAUGGGGUCUCUUUUGAGCUCCAUGGGGUCUCUUUUGAGCUCCAUGGGGUCUCUUUUGAGCUCCAUGGGGUCUCUUUUGAGCUCCAUGGGGUCUCUUUUGAGCUCCAUGGGGUCUCUUUUGAGCUCCAUGGGGUCUCUUUUGAGCUCCAUGGGGUCUCUUUUGAGCUCCAUGGGGUCUCUUUUGAGCUCCAUGGGGUCUCUUUUGAGCUCCAUGGGGUCUCUUUUGAGCUCCAUGGGGUCUCUUUUGAGCUCCAUGGGGUCUCUUUUGAGCUCCAUGGGGUCUCUUUUGAGCUCCAUGGGGUCUCUUUUGAGCUCCAUGGGGUCUCUUUUGAGCUCCAUGGGGUCUCUUUUGAGCUCCAUGGGGUCUCUUUUGAGCUCCAUGGGGUCUCUUUUGAGCUCCAUGGGGUCUCUUUUGAGCUCCAUGGGGUCUCUUUUGAGCUCCAUGGGGUCUCUUUUGAGCUCCAUGGGGUCUCUUUUGAGCUCCAUGGGGUCUCUUUUGAGCUCCAUGGGCUCCAUGGGGUCUCUUUUGAGCUCCAUGGGGUCUCUUUUGAGCUCCAUGGGGUCUCUUUUGAGCUCCAUGGGGUCUCUUUUGAGCUCCAUGGGGUCUCUUUUGAGCUCCAUGGGGUCUCUUUUGAGCUCCAUGGGGUCUCUUUUGAGCUCCAUGGGGUCUCUUUUGAGCUCCAUGGGGUCUCUUUUGAGCUCCAUGGGGUCUCUUUUGAGCUCCAUGGGGUCUCUUUUGAGCUCCAUGGGGUCUCUUUUGAGCUCCAUGGGGUCUCUUUUGAGCUCCAUGGGGUCUCUUUUGAGCUCCAUGGGGUCUCUUUUGAGCUCCAUGGGGUCUCUUUUGAGCUCCAUGGGGUCUCUUUUGAGCUCCAUGGGGUCUCUUUUGAGCUCCAUGGGGUCUCUUUUGAGCUCCAUGGGGUCUCUUUUGAGCUCCAUGGGGUCUCUUUUGAGCUCCAUGGGGUCUCUUUUGAGCUCCAUGGGGUCUCUUUUGAGCUCCAUGGGGUCUCUUUUGAGCUCCAUGGGGUCUCUUUUGAGCUCCAUGGGGUCUCUUUUGAGCUCCAUGGGGUCUCUUUUGAGCUCCAUGGGGUCUCUUUUGAGCUCCAUGGGGUCUCUUUUGAGCUCCAUGGGGUCUCUUUUGAGCUCCAUGGGGUCUCUUUUGAGCUCCAUGGGGUCUCUUUUGAGCUCCAUGGGGUCUCUUUUGAGCUCCAUGGGGUCUCUUUUGAGCUCCAUGGGGUCUCUUUUGAGCUCCAUGGGGUCUCUUUUGAGCUCCAUGGGGUCUCUUUUGAGCUCCAUGGGGUCUCUUUUGAGCUCCAUGGGGUCUCUUUUGAGCUCCAUGGGGUCUCUUUUGAGCUUUUACUCAUUGAUAGCCAAUGGUGAUACACCAUGGUGA